AUGACCGCAGUUAGCAAUAUAAUUGCGACUUUUAUUGGCUUAGUUGUGGCAACACUGCUGCUAAGUCGCGGCACACAAGCUGACCCCGCAGCGGAACUCACAAAACAAGACACGCCAUGCAAAUCGGCGCAUUACCUAAUCAAGCUCGCUGCGGCAGCGGAGGGGAAACUGAAGAGUCUGCUGGAGAAAACAACGGAAGCGGUAGAUGAGCACAGGGCGCUUGAGGUCUACGCAGCAACAACAGAUACGGGGGCAGCCAACGCAGCAAUAGCCGGGCUGUCAGAAUACGCAUCAAGGCGCACAGCGACUUUAGCAAAAGCGGCUGUAACGUGCGCGCAAGCAGUAAGCCAACUAACACGAACGCUCAACAUCGAAGCCGGCAAAAACUUGGCGCUAUCAUCUGCAACGGAAAUCAAAUCAGCGACAGGGACAGCUCAGGCGAUGUCAAACACCGGCCAAGGGCAGUCAGUCUCAGGUCACCUAAAACUGGACAAACUGACCGACGAUUCAUGUGCAAAGACAUACACGGCGACGGCGGCAAAUACAGAUAACGACCCAGACACGCGGCAGCUAGAGUCGAUCAGAAUACACAAACUGGAAGGCAAAACCACCGCAGACACCGCCGCCGGUGUCUGCCAGGUCGCAUGUGUAGGCGCUGCCUGCAGCACAGCCGAGACCAACAUCAAAGUUUCAUCAGCGGCAGCAACACUUUUUAAGGCAGGAGAACUUGCGCAGCUAGCGGUGAAAACAACCGACGCUAAGCCCAAACGCUCAGACACACCGCAAGGACUAAAAAAAGAAUUGGAGAAACACCAAACGAGCAUAGAACACCGCCUCUACGACUUUCUCAAAAACAAACCAUGCGACGCAGAUAUGGCCUCAGUCCGUAACAUGGCAGUUGUACAAAACGACGAAGGCGUGAGAAAAGCAGUUCUGAUAGAAUUACAAGGCCCGGCAGCCAAAUACGACGCAAGCAGUGAUUCGCAAAAGAAAGCCAUAACAGACGGCAUAAAAGCCAUGUUCGGAGGCACUGAGACAGAAUUCAAUGCUAAGAUAUGGGAGAAGGUGAAGGCAAACUCAGUAAAGCAGAAAAUAGCGGGAACAGACAUUGACAGCAAAAUCGAACAACUUUCUACCGACACUAACAGAGGAUUAGUUUUAGCAUACCAUGCCUCUCAAAGAAAAAACAAGCCUAGCUGUAAAACAGAGACCUCCACACAAAAACCACAACAAUGUGGAAGCCAAACAACCCCAGAACACUGUCAAAAAGAAGGCUGUUAUUUGGAUGAAAACAAAACGCCAAAAUGUUUUCCGAAAAAGAGCAAAGACGACAAGAAAAAUGGGGAUUAUGCCAAAGCUACAAACACCACAGGAAGCAAUUCUUUUGUCAUUCACAAGGCUCCUCUUUUGAUUGCAGUGUUGCUUUUCUAA